AUGGCGCAAACACCUCAACAACGACGUGCGAACGAACGAUUCGCAAAGCAAGAGGCCGCCAAGCGAGGGAAAGGGCCUGUUAUCACAAAACCCAAACAAACCACAAAGACCCCCAUCUCGGCGAGCUGGCUUGUGAUCCUGGCCUUUGUCGUCUGUGGUGGACUUAUGUUGGAGCUCCUCAAGGUUGUGCCCGAGAUCUGGUCAAUCGUAGCCUCAACCUUAUCCCGAAUCACUGGAUAG